CAAUGAUCUUGCAAAGGCUUCCAUGUAUCAUUCGUACGACUUCCCGUGUCAUCUAGAACCCGCAACCCAGAGUUCAGAAGGAGCAUGUAUUUGCAAAAGUCCAAAUCGUUACAAACAACCCCCAUGCUGAUGUCAUCUUCACGGUUAGGGCAUGCUCCCGAUCAAGGUUUAAUGAAAUCAAUGCUGCAGUCAUACCUCGAGUGCCUUGAUCGACGCAAUGACAGGCUGAACAUUGUUUACAAGGAAAUCCUAGAAAUCCGCGCCCGCAUUGCAGAGAUUCAUACCAGUUGUCAAUUAGAAGUCGCCGUGGGGGAUGAGGGUGCAUUAGACAGCAGCGUUCACCUCCAAGCAAUCGUCGAUGAUUGGCCUCGGACCAUCAUGACAGCUGCAUUCGAUGAGCUCAAUGUCAUUUCACAGUCGUUGACUCCGCUCGAACUCUCCAUCUUGGAAGAGAAAACAGCAUUCCAAGGCCAGCUUUCAGAUUUAGAGUACGGACCUUCAGAGUCUACUAUUACCCUGCCAGAGGGUGCGGAUCUUCUUCAAGAGAUUCGCACCCACAUUACGGAACUUCUUGCCAGCGUCCAAUCAGAAGUCACCAUGCCGGAGUCGGGCAUACCGGAUAACAGCGCUUACCCCCAAUCAGUCGUCGGUGAUGAGCCUCAGACCAUCGCGUCAUUUGCGCUCGAUGAGCUCAAUGAUAUUUCACCACUGUUGACUUCGCUUGGGCUCCCCCUCCUGCCAAAGUCACUAGCGUUCCAUGGCCAGCUUUCGGACCAAUGGUACGGUCCUUUUAAUUCUGUCGGGGAUAUGGGAUCACUGCCAGAGGAUGCAGAUCCUCCCUUCGGUCAACGUUCCCAAGACCGCGAUACCGCUGGUUUUAUUAGCCAUCAAUUCGGUGCACAAUCCUUCCCCCACCAACAUGACAUAUACCCUGAGGGGCAGACCUUUCCGGGGUCUUCGUCCAUACAUGACCAACAACUCCCUCUCCCCAUUGUGCAGGUUAGCCACAAAGUAAAGUGCACCUGGCCCGGAUGCACGAGGUUCCUCCAGAAGGACAGCCUCACCCGCCAUGUGAAUGAAACACAUCGGCGGAAGGUUAAGGCUGUCUGCGCUGACUGUGGAAGGAAAUUCACGCGCCGGUAUUUAAAGACGGCUCAUAUCUGCCGGGCGAAAAUGUAGAAGAGUUUUCCACACACCCAAUGUGACUGCGUUUCAAAGUCAUUCU